AUGGUGGCUAAAGAAUUCUACACAGAUAAAGAAGCAGGACAUGAAGAAAGCACUUUGCUACAAGAUCAAUAUGAUGAUGAUGAUGAUGAAACUCUAUCUCUUAGUGACCUUCCAAAUUCUACAAUUUCUCCACAAUGGAAUGAUUUCUCCAAAGAAUCCAAUCACAAUGGUGAUGAUGAUGAUGAUGAUAACUUGUUUGAAUUUUUCAGUGAAGAAUUCAACACUUCAACAACUCAUGACAACAUAAUCUUUUGUGGCAAACUCAUUCCCUUCAAAGAUCAUCAACAUGUUCCUCAUAACCAAAAAACAAGUGUUCUUGUUCCAAAAACAAGACUUAGUUCAAAGUCUUUGAAAUCUAGGGAUGAUGUUAAAGGAAAAGAAGAUCAAGAAGUAAAGGGUAGUUUGAAUGUAAAGAGUUUUCCUUGUGAUUACACAACAAUGGGGGGAAAGGUUUCAUUGGUGAGGUCUCCAACAAAAUCUAGAUGGUUUUUGUUUUUGUUUGGGUUGUCGUUGAAUUCGAGGUCAUCUUCCAAAGAGAUGCAACUUAGUGACAUUAGAAAUAGACAGAGUCGGAGGGAACCGAUGAUGAUGUUUCCGGCAGCACCGGGGAAUGGGAAAGAGGUUGCUAAAAGCAAGAAGAAUGGUAAUUAUAAAGGGAUGUGGAAGAUGUUGAAGUCAGUGUCAUUUGUUUUAGGAUGUAGUAGAAGUAGUAAACUUGCUAAUGAUGUAGUAAAGGCUGCUUUUGUGUGA